AUGAAGAGGCCUCUGGGUGCAUGGUGGUUGGCCAUCGUCUGUGUCCUGCUCUUCAGCCACCUCUCCGCGGUCAAGGCGAGAGGCAUAAAGCACAGAUUCAGGUGGAACCGGAAGUCUGGGUCCAGCAAUGCUCAUGUCACAGAAGCCCGCAUAGCUGACAACCGCCCAGGAACAUUCAUCAAGCAAGGCCGGAAACUGAACGUCGACCUCGGAACCGAGGGCAACAUGUAUUACGAGGCCAACUACUGGCAGUUCCCUGACGGGAUCCACUACGAUGGUUGCUCCGAAACCAAUGUGACCAAGGAGAUGUUCAUCACCAGGUGCAUCAACGUCACCCAGGCAGCUAACCAGGCAGAGUUUUCCCGGGAGAAGCAGGACAAGCUUUACCAACGGGUCCUGUGGCGGCUGAUCAAAGAGCUGUGCUCUGUCAAGCACUGUGAUUUCUGGCUGGAAAGGGGAGUGGGAAUUCAGGUCACCGUGAACCAGCCUGUGAUGCUCUGCCUGGCCGUUCUCAUUUGGCUCAUCGUUACAUAG